UCCUCCGCUUCGGCUUCCGCGUCGCAGCCCCGGGAGCUGGAGCGCGAGCUCGGUCCCGGGUCGGAGCCCGGGUGCCGCUGGUGGGAGUCGGGUGGAAGCCCCGGCCAAGCGACGGGCGCUCGGUUCCUGCGAGAUGGACCGGACGGAAGGCAACGCCGUGCAGCCCGGCCCCGCCGAGCGGUCCCACCGGAGCAGCGUGUCCUCCGUGGGCAACCGAGUCGCAGACGUGCUGGUGUACCUGGCGGAUGACACGGUAGUGCCGCUGGCCGUGGAGAACCUGUCCUCGCUCACUGCCCACGAGCUGCACCGCGCCGUGCGGGAGGCCCUGCAGCUCUCGGACGUCGCCCUGGAGGCCUUCGCGCUCUGGCUGGUCUCCCCGCUGCUGGAGGUGCAGCUGAAGCCCCGACACCAGCCCUACAAGCUGGGCCGCCAGUGGCCGGAGCUCUUGCUCCGCUUCACUGAUGCCCCAGACGACGAGGUGGCCAUGGAUGAGCCGUCCCUGCAGUUUCGGAGGAACGUGUUCUUCCCCAAGCGCCGGGAACUGCAGCUGCAGGACGAGGAGGCGCUGCGGCUGCUCUUCGAGGAGGCCAAGGGCAACGUGCUGUCGGCGCGGUACCCCUGCGACCCUGAGGACUGCGAGGCACUGGGGGCGCUUCUCUGCCGCCUGCAGCUCGGCCCCUACCGGCCCGGCCAGCCCGCGCCCGGCGCCCUGAGGGAGAAGCUGGACUCCUUCCUCCCUGCCCACCUCUGCAAGCGCGGCCACGGGCUGUUCGCCGCCCUCCGGGGCCGCGGGGCCAAGACGGUACCGGGCGAGCAGGGGCUGCUGGACGCCUACCGCCAGGUGCAGGACACACCGGGCAGUGCACCCGAGGCCUGUCUCAGCGCCCACCACCGUGCCUACCUGCUCAAGUGCCACGAGCUGCCCUUCUACGGGUGUGCCUUCUUUCACGGUGAGGUCGACAAGCCGGCCCAGAACUUCCUGCAGCGCGGCGGCCGGAAGCCGGUGACCGUGGCCAUCAGUCUGGACGGCGUGCAUGUCAUCGACAGCCGGGAGAAGCACGUGCUCCUGGGCCUGCGCUUCCAGGAACUGUCCUGGGAUCACACAUCCCCUGAUGACGAGGAGGCCGUCCUCUGGCUGGAGUUUGAUGGGGACAGCGAGGGCACCCCCGUCAACAGGCUUCUCAAGGUCUACUCCAAGCAGGCGGAGCUGAUGAGCAGCCUCAUCGAGUACUGCAUCGACCUGAACCAGGCCAAUGAGCCCGCGGCCCCCCCGGAUGGCGGGGCUGACCCCGCCGCAGCCCCAGCCUCCCUGCCCACGGGCCCCCCGCGCCCCCCACUGCGCAGGCAGGGCAGUGUGGUGUGCAGCCGGCUCCAGCACCUGGCCACCAUCGACUACGUGGAGGAGGGGGAAAACUUGAAGCGGGUGAAGCCGAAACGCACCACGUCCUUCUUCAGCAGGCAGUUCUCGCUGGGCCAGGGCAGUUACAGCGUGGUGCAGCCGGCCGACGGCGCCGAGCAGGGCUGAGCGGCGACCCGACACGGCGUGAGGAGUGACUCCGGGUCGGCCCCCGCGGGGACCGGGCUCUCCCCCCGCCUCCUGGGCUCAUGUCCCUGCUCUGAGGGCAGCCCGAGGACAGGCUGUGCUGUCCCUGUCUCCUGUUAAGCCUCAACUGCUGGACUCUGUAGCUGGACUCAACUGGCGCCCUGUAGCCAGGCGGGGCAGGGCCCUGGGGGACAAGGCUCCUGCAUCUUUCACAGGAACCGGAAUGGAGACGCCCCCUUGCCCCGCCACAGCCCACCGUGGAUGGUGCUGGCGGGCCAGCCCCCGGGGAUCUGCGGGCAGGUGACACCAGAAGUGCCCCUUCACAGCCACUGGUGCCAGCAGGGAGGGUGGCAGCCCCUGGCACAGCCCGGACCACGUGCCCACUUCCCGUUGGGCCUUUUUCCCCAUCCCCUUUGGUCCUGUAACGCUUGGGUCCUGUGCCCGCUCCUGGACUCUGCUGCCCCGUGCCUGGCCUUGGGGCUGUGCUGGCCACUGGCUGCCAGGGGAGGGCCUGCACAGCCCUGGGGCUCCUCCCUCAGAGUUCUGGAACUUCCCACAGGAAGGAGGCCCAGCUCAGCACCGGGCAGGCGCAGGGCUGGGGAGGUGCCCGGCCACGUGCCUGGCUUGGCUUAGGCUCUGCUGUUGGUCCUCAUGAGUAGGUGUCCCCUUCCUCCAGACGCCCUGCUCGAGGACACUGGCACGUGUGUGUAUGUGCUCAAAUGCGUAUGGUUGGGUGGGCAUGUGUGUGCUCGUGUGCACAGUUCUGUAUGAGUAUGUGCUUAUGAGUGUAUGGUUGUGUGCGUGUGUGUGUGUGUGUGUGUGUGUGCGCGCGCACUGCAUCGGUGGUUUUGCUCUUCCUUUUCCAUCCUUCAGCCUCCUGGUGCCUUCACUGUGAGUCUGUGCCCUCCGGACAAGCAGUGUCACUUUCUUUGUACACACUCACUCUUGUAUCAUGUGACUUCCUAAUAAAAUCC